UUUUAUUCUCCUUUUUUAACCUGGUAUAACGGGUAUUUUUUUUUUUAACUUGCUGAUUGACAAUAUUUGCAUGUUGUCUGAAUGUUGUCGUAUCCUUUUUAUACUCGUUCGCGAAGUGAAGAGAUUUUAUUGAAUGUUGUUUUUCGUAGUCAGAUUAGAUGUGCGAGCAGAUUUGCAAGCACUCAACCAGUUGAUCCACGCAUACAAGCCCACACCCGCACCGCGCACCAGCAGCUGCAAUAGCAGACAACACCGCAAGAUGCAGCAGCCCGGCAGCAGUUACUAUACGCAAACAGAAAGCGAAUUGCUGCAGCUGGAGGCUGGAGGUGGAGCGCCCUAUCCACAGCAGCAGCAGCAGCAGCAGCAGCAACAGCUAGCUGCUAGCGGCAGCACUAGCAACCACUCAACCACUUCAACGGUCAACAAUUUGGAUGCCCCAUCGACGGCUAGUAGCAGCGGGACGCCUUCGCAUUUUGUGUCGCCGCUGCAGCGACGCCACUGCCAGCCGCCCAAUCAUUUGCCACUGAACUCGGUAGUUGCCACGCCGCUGCGCACCGCCAGCUACAAAACGGCUGCAACCGCCAGUGUCUAUCAUCAUAGCCACCAUCAGCAGCUGGACUUUCAGCGCAAUUCACAGUCGGACGAUGACAGCGGCUGUGCUCUGGAGGAGUACACCUGGGUGCCGCCGGGUCUGCGACCCGAUCAGGUUCGUUUGUACUUCAGCCAACUGCCGGACGACAAAGUGCCCUACGUCAACAGUCCGGGAGAAAAGUAUCGCGUGAAGCAAUUGCUGCACCAGCUGCCGCCCCAAGAUAACGAAGUGCGCUAUUGCCACUCGCUGAGCGACGAGGAGCGCAAGGAGCUGCGCAUAUUUUCGGCGCAGCGCAAGCGGGAGGCACUCGGACGUGGAGCUGUGCGGCUGUUGUCCGAUGAAAGGCCCUGCAAGGGGUGCGAUGAACAACUCUCCGGCGGUGACAUUGUGGUCUUUGCCCAGCGCUUGGGCGCCCAAUUGUGCUGGCAUCCCGGCUGCUUUGUGUGCAGUGUAUGCAAGGAGCUGCUCAUGGACUUGAUAUACUUUCAGCGCGAUGGCAAUCUCUACUGUGGCCGACAUCAUGCCGAAACCCAGAAGCCGCGUUGCUCCGCUUGCGAUGAGAUCAUCUUCUCGGAUGAGUGCACGGAGGCCGAGGGUCGCACCUGGCACAUGAAACACUUCGCCUGCCAGGAGUGCGAGCACCAGUUGGGCGGCCAGCGUUAUAUAAUGCGUGAGGGCAAGCCAUAUUGCUUGGGCUGCUUUGACACCAUGUUCGCCGAGUACUGUGACUACUGCGGCGAGGUCAUUGGUGUAGAUCAGGGCCAGAUGAGCCACGACGGGCAGCACUGGCAUGCGACGGAUCAGUGCUUCUCGUGUUGCACGUGCCGCUGCUCGCUGCUGGGUCGUCCGUUUCUGCCACGCCGUGGCACCAUUUACUGUUCGAUAGCGUGCAGCAAGGGCGAGCCACCAACGCCAUCGGACACGAGCUCCGGUCCACAGCUACGGCCGACGCAUCGCGCCUCCACUUCCAGUCAAAUUGCGCGCUCGCCGCGACGCACAGCUGAUUCGGCGGGGCGUGGAAAGGCUGGUGUGGGCAAUGGACAUGGUCAUGGUGGCAAGACUGCGGGCAGCGCAGGGGAUUUACUAGAGCGGCAGGAGCGCAAGCGCAUGGAGGCUGCGGGCGUAGCCGAUCUGCUGCUGGGUGGCUGUGUGCCUGGCAUGCCACGACCCGCCCAUCCGCCGCCCAUAGAUCUUACGGAGCUGGGCAUCAGCCUGGACAAUAUCUGCGCAGGCGACAAGUCUAUUUUUGGAGACACACAGCUGACGUCUUCCAUGCCAGACAUGCUGCUGUCCAAAGCAGAAGAUUCGCAUAGCUAUCAAAGCAUAGACAAGAUCAAUUUGAACUCGCCUAGCAACUCGGACAUGACGCAAAGUACCCAGGAGCUGGGCAACGAGCUAGAGCUGGACAACGAAUCAGUGCGCGAGCUGGAACUGCCACAUGAUGGCUACGAACAACUCUUCGCUGCCAAACAGAACGAGAAGGAGGAGCAACAGCAGCUGGACAAUCGGCCGCCGCUAAAGGAGGUUCGCUUCCACAGCGUGCAGGACACGAUGUCCCGGUCGAAGAGCUACACGGACAACUCGAAUGCGAGACGUCGGCGCCGACGACGCAAUCAAUCGCGCAGUUCCUCUGAGAUGCAGAUCAAUCAAACGAAUCUGCGACUGCACAAUGCCCAAACACAAGCUGGCGGCGGUGCUUUGAAUCUGCUUAACAAUCUGGACAAUUGCGACGUGGCCAGCAUUUGUUCCACUUGCUCCUCGAGCUCUUCCAGCGAUAUGGAUGACUACGUCUAUCGGCUGCCGGCCCGCAAGCAUUAUGGCGGCGUGCGUGUUGCCUAUGUGCCCAACGAUGCGCUGGCCUACGAGCGCAAGAAGAAGCUUGCCCAGUCGGGCGAUAACAAUGGGCAGCUGGGCAACUCGGCCGGCAGCUGUUUGGGCGCCCAAUCAACAAUGCCAGCAAUCAUGCACGAGAGCAAGAAUUGCACAAUAUCAUGACCACCUCCAAUGCUGCCGCCGCCGCCGCUGAAUCUCAGCAGCUAUUACAUCCUGGACACCAUACUCGAGGAGCAGAGCCUCAGCCUGCUGCCCGAAAAGAAGCCGGGCUGCCUGAGGCGUGUCUGGAACUUUUUCGGGCUGGGCAAAUCGCGUCCAGGCAAUGCACAGCGUCUAUAUAGCGUCUAAAACUGGCUGGCAAUUGUGUAAAUAGACAUAUCGAUAAAUACUAUAUAUAUAUAUAUACAUAUACAGAC